GCCGCCAGUAUUCCACGGUCUCGCACAGUCUGACAUUAGCCACGCUAUCGCACGACCGUGCUGGGUAUACAUCUCACGAAUUAUCCGAUACGAGCGUUGCGAGUGACCCUGACCUUCAACAACCGCUACGAAGACAUCGCUGGCAUGCUGGAACCGCGAUGGAGGCCCGUCCAGGGCCAUAUUGGCGACAUUCCUUUCGAAAGUGCUGUCGGUUGGACGAAAAAUCAUUUUUCUGCUGCCACAAGCCCUUGGCCAACCCCAAUCAGACAAUCUAGAUAUAGUGAUGAUGGCAUUAUGGACCAAGACAUAGACGGGGAUGGUGCUAUUAACCUUUCCACUUCACAAAGGCCAUCGGCGUCAACUACCCCAAAUGACAGUCUUAACCAAGAUGAGGUAGAACAGCAAGCCGCAUCUUUAGAAAAAGUUCUCAAAGAACAGCAACAUCAACAGCAGCAGCAAUUAGAGCUGGAACGCACCUGGGAUCAGGAACGCGAUGCCAAAGGCAACGGUAGCACAAGUCCGAUUUUGGAACAUCGGAUCCAGGAAAAUUCGCCGCCGCCAUCUGUCGAUUCGCAGAAAAACCUCAGUGCUACCAUACCGCCGAUAUCACAAUCGCAAACGCCGGUGUCUCAAAUGAUGACGCCAGCGUCGAAUUUGCACCACAUGCAGCAAAUCCUGCAGCAACAUGUACUCAACCCGACUCAGCUUCAAACUUUAAUGAAACAACACUCUCUACUGCAGCAGCAGCAACAGCAGAGCGAAUUUCAGCAACAUCAGCUAGCGGAGCUGGGCAAAAAACAGAUCGAACAAACCAUACAGCAGCUUCAAGAACAGCUGCAGCUGAAUCUCAUACAACAAACACAUAUCUUGCAGAGCGCCGACAAGAAGAAAGCUUCGGGUUCGUUGCAGCAGCUGGCUUUGCAACAGCAGCAGCUGAUUCAGCAGCUGCAGCUAGUGCAGAGGCAGUAUGUUGUUCACCAGGGGAUCGGUAUACAACCCUUGAUGAUGUCUCAAAACCAAGGAUUAAACUCGAGGGAUGUAAUGAGUCCUUGGAAGGAGCUUAAUGAGUCCCACAUAGUCAACAAUAAGAGUAUACCAGAGUAUAAAACAGCAGAAAGUCCUCCCACAUUGCUAGGCAUGGUGCCGAAAAGAGAAGAAACUCCAGAGGAGCUGAAGCCGGAAAGAACUGCCACUCCAGACAGGGUUCAUCAUUUAUAUGGUCACGGUGUCUGCAAAUGGCCUGGAUGCGAAACAAUAUGCGAUGAUUUAUCCACUUUCGUCAAACAUUUAAACACCGAACACAACCUCGAUGACAGAUCGACGGCACAGGCCCGCGUGCAGAUGCAAGUCGUGUCGCAGCUCGAGUUGCAGCUUCAAAAGGAACGCGAUCGAUUACAAGCCAUGAUGCACCACUUGCAUUUGUCCAAGCAAAUGGGCUCGCCGGAAGCGCACAAGGAUUCCACGGGCGUGACGUCCGGCAAGAUGCCGGCUGGCAGCGCGCUGCCGCAGCCGCCCGUCUCCAUCGGGCCGAUGGUUUCGGCCGUCAGAUCGCCGGUGCUGCAUCCGACUGCGCCAAACGUUGCCGGACCGAUCAGAAGGCGGCUAAGCGACAAAUCUGCGCUGUCGUUGGCUGGAGGAUCUUUUUCAGAAAUUCAAAGAAAUAGGGAGUUUUAUAAAAACGCCGAUGUUAGACCGCCAUUUACUUAUGCCUCGCUUAUUCGUCAGUCCAUUAUUGAAUCGCCAGAUAAGCAGCUGACCUUAAACGAAAUCUACAACUGGUUCCAGAACACUUUCUGCUAUUUCAGAAGAAAUGCCGCCACUUGGAAGAAUGCUGUCCGGCACAACCUCUCUCUUCACAAAUGUUUCAUGCGCGUGGAAAAUGUAAAAGGUGCCGUAUGGACAGUGGACGAGGUGGAAUUCUACAAGAGAAGGCCGCAAAGAUGCUCGUCGGGCCCGCUGGCCCAGCCAGUCGUCGGGGGGUCCCAGUCUAAGAGUCCCACCAUGAACCACAGCCCCACUUUGUAUGGGGACCACAUUUCACAGAAUGUUCAGUUCAUGCAGGCUUCAUUGAUGGAGGAGAACAACUUGUCGUUUUUGAGUAAUUCGGCGCUGAUGGCGAGACACAGAGACAGAUCUGAGUCGCCGUCGCACGAUCACCACAUGAGGUCCCCGAUGAACGGCGGUCUUCAUAUUAAGCAGGAAGGUAUGAUGAACGAUCAGCAGCAUCAUAUUUCGCGGGAACAAGAGCAAAUGCAGAUGCAGCAUGUGAUAAAGCGCGAGAUGCAGAACGAGUACGAGGAUUUGGACCACGAGCGGAAUUCCGACAACAUGGCGGAAGAUCUGACAAUGGGUUCGGACCAUACCGAGUCGAACCUUCUUGACGCAUAGUGUGUUUGAGCGUUGUGAAAGUGCGGUGGUUUAUGGUAGGUAAUACUCGAAUCGAUGAUGAUGAUGACGAAGGAAGGAGGAAUAGAUUCAUAUCCAAAUCUGAUGCUGAUUGACUGUUGUACAUUGACGUGUAAAUAACUAAUUGAAAAUGUUAAGUGGACUGUUAAUUGUUUAGAAGCGAAGUUUGUUGUAUAAUCAAUAUCCGUAUAGAUCUUCAUUUCUUUAUUAAUACAGGGUUAUUUGUUACUUGGUGGACUUGGCCUAGCCAAUAAUAAUAAUUAAAUAAUAUUGAUGAUGAACUUUUUUGACUUAGAGACUUGCGACGACAGUUCUGGCAUAUCAAAAGUGUGGAACUGUAAUUUUUGUGUUUAAAAGGUAUCGUUACGCUCAUAUAGUGAUGUAAAAAAUAAGCAAUAUUGUAAAUUAUUAUCGUUAUUAAGCAUUCGUGCUAUUAUAUUCUAUCUUUAUCUUUACGAAAGGAAAAUUAAUUCCAUAUCAUUAUCUAAAGUAAAUCAUAUAUCAGUGUAUAAAUAGUAGGUAAUACGUUUCCUAUACAUACUUAUUACAUACGUUUAGCAAAUUUCUUUCGCUACACUAAGUAUUUAUUCUUUGUUCAUACCUAUCGUUUUUUAUUUGUUACGUAAUAUUUUCGCCAUUUGUAAUAUCGAGAUGCCAAAUACAUUCACGUACAUGUGAUAGUACCUUAGUUCUUCGGAUUUAUUACCCAAUCUAGAAGUUUUAGAUAGAUAUUAAGCGUGAUAUAUUGCAUGGACUUUAUUUGCAAACGUAAGAUUUUUUUGAGAUGAACUAAACAAGCCGAACAUUUUAAUUAGAAAAUACUCUACUCUACUUUACGAAUAAUUAGUACAUAUCAUCAAAACUGUUUCGGUCAUCUAACAGUUUUUUAAUCAAUUUUUAUGAUCAAACGCGCUUUUUUACUUCAUCUCGCCUUUUUUAACUAUCCAUCACUAUCUUCAUGUAAAAUGUAUUGUACGGUUACUCGUAUAUCAGUUUCCAUUUGUUUAAACAAAUUAUAAAUAAAUUACAAUAAAUUCAGCAAUA